CAACGUCCCAAUACGACGUAAUACGUAACGACAAGCAGGCAGCCUUGACUAGGUAUCAUCAUUACCUCUAGAAAUUCAGCACUGCGGGAGUUUUUCAGUUUAUUGCACCUGCUCUUGGAACAAAACUAAGUUUGUGGCCGGAUGAGUUUUUCCUUUUUGCUGUUUUAUCAAUACACAGACGGAGACUGUCCAUGCGAAGUCUAACAGUGCUGCUGUGCCCGUGUCUUGUCGCGGUAGUGGUGCAUUUCUGGAUGGUGAUAAACCGGACGGCUUCAUUCUUGGAUUUCCUUUACGCAGUUAAAGAACAAGAGUUGCACUCCUAUGAAGUACUUGUGGGAAUCCUCUCAGCUCGACAUCAUUAUGAGCUCCGAGAUGCAAUAAGGAGCACAUGGCUUGGACACCUGAGGCAGGAUCCCCACUGGCAACAUCGGGUGCUUGUAAAGUUUAUUAUUGGAAUACAUGGCUGUGAUGUCCCUUUGGAGGACAGAGAAGACCCCUAUUCAUGCAAACUCCUUAAUCUUACUGCUCCAGUGGUUGGACAGGAGAUUGAGGCCAUAGCUGUGUCGGAUACUACCAGCUAUUCCCUUUUGGGGGCUCCUCUAGUGAGUGUUGACUUUAAGAUCCUUCAUGCCAUAGUUGUCACCCGACUGGGUGUUUUUCCAGAUGGCCAUGGUUUGGAGUACCGGGGAAAUGUUACAGUCAAGCUUUAUCAGCUGGAGCAGGAGGAGCCCAUUAUAACAGCUCGCUUCAGCCCCAUCAGCUUUGGAGUCGGCAUUAAUGGUGUGUGGUACAAACCAGUGGAACAAUUUAUUUUACCAAAGGGGUUUGAAGGCACACUUGUGUGGGAGACCUUAGACUCAGAGGGCCUUAUUACAGCAAAUGUCACCAGUCUUGCAUUUAAUUCUGGAGGUGGCAUACUGAGAAUAAAUGCGCUAGAAGAAGGCAUUUUACCCCACAGAAGUACACAGGGUGUCCCUGGUCUGGCUGGCGGGUUCACUUACACCAUCUAUGAAGCUGAAUCCCUGGUCCAGAUGCUGGCUGGACGUCCAGACAGACUAAAGAGACAUUCUGCUGCACAGAGAGAAGCGGACACCCUGCUCAUGGAGGAGAGCCAAGCUCACCAGGACAUUGUGUUUGUUGAUGUGGUGGACACCUACAGAAAUGUGCCUUCAAAGCUGCUGCACUUUUACGAGUGGUCUGUUGAAAAUGCAGAUUUUGAGCUGCUUCUGAAGACAGACGACGAUUGUUAUGUAGAUAUGGAUGCAAUGUUUGAGAAGAUAAGGCGCAAACGUUUGAAGAGGCGAAACUUUUGGUGGGGAAAUUUUCGUCAGAGUUGGGCAGUUGAUCGUACAGGAAAAUGGCAGGAGCUGGAAUAUGCAAGUCCUGCCUACCCAGCAUUCGCAUGUGGCUCUGGUUACGUUGCUUCUAAGGACGUCGUUCAGUGGUUAGCAGACAACGCCAAGCGGCUGAAAGCGUACCAGGGAGAAGAUGUCAGUAUGGGCAUAUGGCUGGCAGCCGUUGGACCACAAAAAUUUCAGGACAGUGGCUGGCUCUGUGAAAAAGAGUGUCGAGCAGACAUUCUGUCUUCCCCACAGUAUUCAGCCAAGGAGCUGGUGGAGCUGUGGAAUCGCAGGGUGUCCUGUGGAAACCCUUGUGGCUGCAAAGAUGAUCUAGAAGACUGAUCCUGUGCUAGCUCAGCAGUGUAGAAAGAGAACCCAAACCUCAAAUGGUCUUCAAGGGCGGAUUUCUCCAUGGAAUUCAUGAACUUGACAAUAUUCCUUUCUUAGGGAGGGCCUACGUCAGAGAGUUCAAACUGCAUGACUGCACUGAUGGUUGGCCGGGUGGUAAGUAGGCAAAGCUCACCAUUUAAGGCCGAGAAUGCUCUUGUUCUAGACCAUUAAAAGACAUCCUCAACGGAGAGUAAAUAUUUAAUAUCCAAAUCAACAAAUGCUGGGUUACAAAGAUGUUCAAGUGGUGUGGGUCUGAGGCUGUGCUUUUCUCUUUGUUUUUAAUAACUUGAUUUCUUAAGGGAUGCUUUGUGGAGUGCAGACUUUUUUAGGAUUUGUCUUCAGCUGGGGAGUCCUGAGUCCUAUGACACACCUCAGAUACUCCUGAUCAGAUCACACAUGGCUGAUGUAUGCAGCGUUGUGUUUAUGAUCUCCCUCCAAUGAAAAAUGACUUCAAUGCUGAGAGCCCUUUGUUUGGCAAUUUUUAACAUGGUGGUCUGUACAAGAUCAGUCACUUUGAUGUACAACAUUAGUUCCUUGUGCAGUCCAAUUGAAAAUUUCCAUUUACAGUAUAAAUAAGAUUUCCGUCCUUUACUAGGACUUUUUAACUUUUAUACCUCACUCAAUGUUGAAACAACAUGCAGGUUGCUUGUGCCAUUUCUGACAAUUACACUGCUAAGUCCACGUGUCUCUGAAAGGACAAGUUAUUAGAAAUUAAACAGGGUGCCUGUAUUACUCUACAAAAAACCUGGCAAACCAAAGAUAUUUAAAUACUGCGGGGUGCUGAGAAGAAAGUGUUAAAGGCCCAGAAAUUAGAAACCUCGCGUUCCAGAUCACUCUUCUGUUUUGUACAGAGCCAAGAAAGCACAAAGAAAAAUGCAAUAAAUACUAAAUAGCUAAGUGGUGUGCUGUACUUCUGGGAAAUAAGCGAUUCAAAAGAACACCUUUUUUAAUAAGCCGCGUUGGGGGUCUUAUUUGAUCCUGGGGCACCAACCCAGCCCCACAAACCCCAAAAGAAUCUUUAAAGCCUUUGUCUUCAACACCAAACUGUUACAAUUUGUUGUACAUUUCACUUGAAAAUAAAUUUUGCACAAAUUUAGACCCCUCCAGUGUGCUAAAUAUUGACUCACAGGUUUAGUUUUCUGCAUGUCAAAGUCUCUGCUGUUUAGUUUUAUACGCAAUUACUGGAGUCAGUUGAAGCAUUUUGAGCUCACCCUGCAGUGAUGAACUUCAAAUAAGGAGGCUUAGCCAUUUCUAUCAAAGUUAAUGAAUGAAUGCACUUUUGAGUAUUUUGAAAAUUUCUACAGUUACCACAAGUUUUAUUAAACUGUAAAUAUUGGGAAUUCAUUUGAUUGCAUUUUCUCCACUAAAACAAAAAACGUUUGGGACGAAUAACAGGAAUUGCUCUAUAAGUCAGCUACGUGAGUCUGUUGUGUGUUUUGUAAAAGCCCAGGAUAUUUUGCCGAGUUGACACUUUUCAGGGUACAAAGGGAAGUGAAUUGUCUCUUGCACUUUAUUUCUUUCUCUAGUAUUGCUAAAAAGACAAAUAUGCAGUGUAGUGUUUGAAGGACCCCAGGCCACCCCACACUUACACAAUCACGGUGGGCACCCAACUCCUGUAGCCUGAAUAUUCUGACAAACGUGUGGUGGGGGGACGGUAAACCUUACCUAUUUAUUUGGAUACAAAUGGCAGUGUGCUGAAUGAAUGUAGACGUUCGUGAACAGAUGACUUUGUGUAAAUGUGAUAUUAUCCUUUUGUACAAAAACCAGCACUGUUUUUAUUAAACUAAAAACUGUUGCUAAUGUGCACAGGUAAACGCUCGUCAGUUUCAAUGCACCAUCCCAAUUAUAUAUGUAUAAUUUUGUAUUCUUUGUGUUGUAGGUGACUGCAGAUUUUAAAUGGCUGUUCAGGUUUCUAUUGAGCAUACCAUGUAAUGUUUUUUAUGUACAGCAAGUAGCAUAUAUUUUUGGUUAAAUUCAGCCAGCGUGCUCAGUAAGCUUUACAUAAGAGGCAAGUGACUGUGUGUGUUUGUAAUGAAGCUUUCAAAAAAAGCAAAUCCAAGUCUGUCCAAACUGAGCUUCCUCCGUAGACACUGCCCUCUCAAUGCAGUCCGACUGCAAUUCAGACAAAUGAAAUCAACGGUGCCUUACAUUGUGACUUUGUAAAACAGUGCAAAUAAAAUCAAUCAAUCAAU